GGAUGCUGCUGCUUUUUCCAGACCAAAGGUUUUUGGUUUUUCCAUCAAAAUUUGUUGAUUUAAAAACGACAAAAACUAAAUCCCUAACCAGUUGUGUCAUUGUAGUGUAAAGGUGCAUUAAUUUGCCAGUGAAAUAUAAAAUGAAUUAAAUUCUCAGCUCUGCAAAAGAAAUCGCAAUCGUCACACCUUUUCGUCUGCCCACACACCAACACCAGCGGAGUACCCAAGGCAAAGACUAAUACAACUGCAAGAAAAGGCAACAAACACAAGUGAACUAAUCGAACGAUCGAAAGUCUACGACUGCGAGUGCCAAGGUACUUUUAAGUACUUUUAAAUCGACUCUUACGCUCUGUGCAUUUCUGCGUGAAAGUAGCAUAGCAUUUGGAAAUAUUACGCAAGUAUUAUUUCUGGUUAUAUCUGUUGAAUAAUCAUGGCUCAGUAAAAAUGAAUCCUCAACGAGAAUACUUUGCCCAACGCACUCCGUGUGGAGACAAAAGCAAGACGCAAUUUUCUGCCGAUUGGCAGGUAUCUAAUACUAUCGCCCCCACUGCCCCCAAUUCCUCUUACUUCUACGAGCAAAAUGGACAACAACAACAAGAAGCAACAACAUGCCAGAACGAGCAAAUCGUCUGGUGAAACCCAACGCAAGUCCAGUGAAUUGCAUGCCAACACCAAACAGCGCAAUAGCCGCAGACGCGAGCAGCUUCCAACGCCACGCAACGACCAGCAACAGCAGCAGCCGAGGAACCCCAAACAGCAGCAACAACCUGCUAAACUUCGUCCCAAUGUGGACAAGCGUCCGAGGGCGCGAGGCAGCGGCGGCAGUGCUGCUGGCUACUAUGGCCCCACCGACGGAGCUUACGAUGGCCCUGAAUCCGGGCAUCAAGACGGGGCUUACGGCGGCACCGGACUAGCAACCACCAGUAGCGGCUACCCGCGUAGCGACUUUGACUAUGAACUAAACUCUGUCUAUGCGCAGGGCAGCAAGAAGCAGAAUCUGAACCAUCUGCUAAACUUUCAUUGUGUGCCUCGCGACGCGUCGGACACUGGAAAUGGUCAUGGACGCGGCGUCGGUAACCAUUACCAACAUCACAAUGCUGGGCGCAAGCCACGCUACAACAAGGAGCAGUUCCUGCAGGCCAACUUUCAGUUUGUCAUUCGCUCGGGCGCCAAGGCUCAGGUGAAUGGGUCGCCGGACACUUUGAUCGACUGGAACUUCAUUGAGCAAAUCAACAUCCAGACCACGGAGGAACCGCAGUGCCCCAUCUGUCUGUAUCCCCCAGUGGCUGCCAAGCUCACGCGCUGCGGCCAUGCCUACUGCUGGCCCUGCCUCUUGCACUAUCUCUCGCUGAGCGACAAGACCUGGCGCAAGUGCCCCAUCUGCUAUGAUGCCAUCCACGCUGGCGAUCUGAAGAGCUGCACCAUCGAACAGCAGCACGAGAUGAAUGUGGGAGAUCGCAUAACCUUCCAGCUGAUGCGUCGUCGCAAGGGCUGCAUGUACAUCGAGCGUUCCGGCGUUGGGGUAGGACUAGGGGAAUUUAUCGAACGUUUUCCCCUGCUCAGUGCCGGUGACGAGGCCAAGCGAUACUCAAAGUUUCUGAUUGCCAAGCGUGCGGAUGUGGCGGCCAUCAUUGAAAGAGAGCGACGCGAACUAUUGGCAGAGUCGGAUGUAUCCUGCCCGGAGGAUAUAUUCACCCAGCAGGCACUGCUAAUGCUGAACGAGCGUCUCGAGAAGCUGGGCCUCAAAGAGGAUGAGGAGUCGCCGCUGGAGGAGCAGCCACCGCCAUCACCAGCAGCCCUGAGUCAGGAGAGCGAAACUAAAAUUGAUAUUGACAAACCGGACGAUGCCUCCAUUUCAUCGGGCGAGGCUUCUAGCAGCAUUGGCAGCGCCCACAGUGGCAGCAAAUAUUAUUACUUCUACCAGUCAAACGAUGGACAAAACAUCUACUUGCAUCCCCUGAAUGUGAAGAUGCUGCAGGCCUGCUAUGGCACGCUGGAUCAGGGUCCACUGGUGAUUGAGUCGCUGAUUCUGCAGAAGGAGCAGCACUCCAUGGAUGAGGAGCAUCGCCGGAAGUUCACUUGUUUGGGCCACCUGCCCCUCACUUGUCAGUUUUCUGUUGUGGAAGUGGAACUUCAACCACCAGUCGUCUCUGGGGGCAUACUCAAGUUGUUUAAGGAGGAUAUUUUGCAUCGUAAGAAGGAACGUCAGCGUCGCGAUCGUGAAGAACGCAAACGGGAGCAGCACAUCAAUGAGAUCAACGAUCGUCAAAUGGGCAAACUGAUUGCCAGUGCUGCAAACCUGAAUCUUGAGUCCUCCCAUGAGUUUCCCACUUGUGGCUUUGAGGAGGCUUUGCCAUCGCCCAGCGGUGCAGCGCCAAUGAUUAACAGGCAGGAGAGUCAUGCAGCCAGUCCCAAGCAGGAGCUGUGGCCCACCAUCGGCAGUGGCUCGCCAGUCAGCAGCGGUGGCGGCGGCGCUAUAGCAUCUGUGGGUGCCUGGGGACGCUCGGCUCCUCCUCCAGCCCCAAGGGCCAUGCCAACGAUGAGGAGCGAUGACGACCAAGACCAGCGCUCUGUGGGCCACUGGGGUCUGGGUGAGCUGCUUGUCGGGGCUUUGGAUCAGCAGAAGCAGCAGCAGCCGCGUGGUGGCAAGCCAAGCAAGAAGGCCAAGGCCAAGAAAAUGGUUCCACUGUUUGCCAUGGGCAUGAACAGAGCGCCAUGAAAGAAGCUAAAAUGAGCGAAAGAAAUGAAUGUACGACGCUUUUCUGCUACUGAACACUUCAACGUUAUUUCAAAUCAACGAUUGAUAUUUGAACUAUAAUUUAAUCCAACAUUUUAUCCAUAUGCAUAACCAUUUACAUUUAAUCCAAUAAAAGCAGCAAGCACACACGUACUAGAAA